GAAAUAACUGUUGAAGUUUCAGGUAACGAGAUCAAUUACGUCAACUUGAAAACUGUUGUGUGUGCUCUGCUGUGUAAAUGAUGAAAAAAGAAAACGUAACAAAUUAACAUCAUUUUACGCAAAAAAGGAAGAGAUGAAACCAUGAGUUGUUUUGGAGGCCUUAUGAAGGAGUAUGACCGGGUGUCACUGGACAGGUUUGAUGGCAGGAAUCUCCAGUCCACGGUCUACUUUCUCUCACACCUACAUGAAGAUCAUACGAAGGGACUUGGUGGGCCAAUAUUGUUUAAACGAUUAAAAUCCAAUAAAGACAUAUUCCUAUACUGCUCAGAGGUGACACAGGUUCUGCUGCUGGCCAGCCAGAAGUACAGACAUCUCAAGCCAUACAUUAAAAGUUUGCCCAUCAACACCCCAACAAUGAUAGAAAUUCCAGAUCCUUUAUAUGAACAUAAUACAACGAUUACAGUCACGCUACUUCCAGCCUUCCACUGCCCUGGCAGUGUCAUGUUUUUGUUGGAGGGGGAUGAAGGAACGGUUCUCUACACAGGCGACUUCCGAUGGGAACACUUUCACAUGGAGCACAUGCAUCAUCUCAGAUCUGGAGAGGGGGUGAAGAAAAUCAAAAGCUUGUACAUAGACACAACAUUCUGUACGCCAGAUACUUUACACAUUCCUAGUCGACAUCAUUGCAUUGACGCGGUGUACGAGCUGGUGCGAGAAUGGACGCUACUGAGUCCGCAACACGUCGUGUACAUCUACCUGAGGGCACAGUAUGGUCACGAACCAUUGCUGAAUGCCGUGGCUGCCAGGUUGAAUAAGAAGGUUCAUGUCAGUGGCCAUAAAUUUGAAGUGUAUGAGAAUAUUAUCGAGUUUGUUGGGAACUUCACCAACAAAGGGCGUGGAACUCAAAUCCAUGCAUGUGACAAAAAUUGCACAGUAGAAGUUGAUGGCUCGAUCAUCAGUUGUAAGGACCAGCAUGACCCGGACAAGGUCCUUGUUAUUCUUCCCACGACGAUGUAUUUCACUCAGUACCAGCACAUAACGCUUGACAAGAUGAUCAAGAAAAUGGGAGACAACUUCUACAGAGCCUGCUACUCGUUCCAUUCCUCUUAUACUGAAGUGAAGGAUUUAUUGUCUUACUUAAAACCGGAUGCAGUUUUUUCCAAUGUUAAAACACCGGCUGAUGCAACUUUAGCUGAGACCCAGCAAAGACUCACAGAAAUGCUGUCAGAUUGUAAGAACUCAGAAUCUGCUGAUGUUGAUGUUGCCAUGGAAACUAAAGAACUAGGGACCUUAAAGACCGUUGGUCGCAAGGCUGCUCAAAAGAGGAAAACGAGAGUUUCAACCAGUGAAUCAGAGAGCCUUGACUUUGGUACUCCGGUAAAGCAAACUAGACAGUCCCUCAGUCAGCCAGAAAGUCCCUCCCCCUCCGUGACAGCUAGACGAGGGAAGGGGCGGGGCAGAGGUCGUGGCAAAGCUGAGUCUCAGGGUACAGUGGCAACAAGGAGAAGCACGAGGAGGUCAGCGGUAGCUGCAGCUUCGUUAGAGUCAGAAGAAGUUAGCCCCCCUUCUGAGACCACCCCAAAGAAGAAAGGAAAAACUGUGGACCGAUCACCGACCCCUGACCUGUUCCCUACCCCCAUGAAGAGUGAACACAGUGAAAUAAGUGAACCGCAUUCCUCAUAUGAUGGAAGUUUUAGGAGUGAUAGCGAGCUUGACCUGCUGUCCAGUCAAAAAAGCUUACAACAGACUAGUGAGGUUCCCAGCUGGUCUGUAGGCAGUUUCCUGGCUGCUGUGAGUUCCAGCAGCGAAGAUGACACCACCGCCCACCGAGUGUGUGUGCUUGAUGAUGAUGAACAAGGGGAUGAAGACUUUGAAGAUGUCAGCCAGGUGGAUGGUUUGGUCGAGGACGAUGAAGAAGAGUUGGACUUGGAGGCUAUUAAUACCAUGUCUGAAGCUAUAGCUGAAAAGACUACUGAGACACAAUCUUCUGAUUCUGCAAAUGGGGCAUCACCAAACAUCGCAGUUGAAAGAAUAGAAACUGAUGAUUCUAUAAAGGUAAAUUUAGGCAAAGCAGAACCUGAUAGUGAUGCUACAGGGCAAAAGAUUGAAGAAACUGUAAAGGACGAUCAAAUUCUUGAAAUAGAACAAAAUAUUAAAGAACAUGUUGCUAGUAGCAGUAAUGAAGAAAUAACUGAAAGGACACAAAAACAGAAAAAAAAAUGUGAUGGAAAAAAUGAAGAUGGUUAUGAAAAUAGAGAGACUACUGAGCAUGGGCUUGACAAACCAAGUGAAGUUAACGCGACGGGUGCUUCUGGGAAGUCAAAAACAAACGAUGUGUUAUCAGAUAAGAAAGCAGAAACUCUCGAACAGAUGAAUGAAUACAGCUGUGACUUAUUUACAGAUGAGAACCAUUCCAUUGCAAAUAACAGUGAACAUAAGGUGAAAGACACACUUGUAAUAACUGCAGUUUCUGAUUAUGAUAAUGGUAAUAUGAAACCCAAUGAGGGUAACAACAGUGGAAAAAUUGAAAUUCAAAAUAGUUCAGAAAGUAGCACACAGGAAUUAACUCCGAACUUAACAUUACAUUGUUCAGAAACUAGUGCUAUAACAAUAUCUAGCGGUGUAUCCACUUUGUCACAGAAAAUUAACUCUCCUGGUCAGUUGGAGGAUGAUAAUGCUAUUAUUAUUAACAUUGAAAGUGAUUCACAAGAUUCUGUAGAUGGUAUUGACAAAAAUGAGUCUGACAAUAUUAAUAAAGAAGUCACUGUUGUUAAUGUAGUAACAGAGGCAGAGAGUAGAGAGAAAGAUGAUGCAUCAAACAAGAAAGAAGUUGCUAGAAUUUCUAAGAAAAUUGAAUCAAAUGAUGUUCCUACAGGUAUUGUUGAAGUGAAAGAAGCUGCUGAAUCAUUAACUGUCACAAUAGACGUACGUCCAGACCAAGAUGGAGGAAAUGCUCUUAAUGUUGAUUUGGAAAAUAGUAAAGACAAUGGUGUUGAAUUAGUAAAUUUGGAAAAAGAUGAAAGUACUGUUCCAUUAGAAGUCAGUUUACAAGAAAGUACCAGUGAUGAUUUAAAACAUAAAGUAGAUGAUGUUGCAAAUGAAAAAGAAAUAAAAGAAAACUUGAAGGAAAAAGAAAUUAAGGAAGAAAAACAAGAUGAUGAUGCUGUAAUUGAAAUCGUAGAUUUAACUGGUGAUGAUUUUGGAGUUGAUAGACAUGCUAUUAAUACUCCACUUUCAGGAAAGAAACCUAUCAAAAUUUCAUUUGGUAAAAGCAAAGAUCAAAUAAUGAAAGCAAAACAAGCUAAAGAGACAAACAAGAAGAUCGUUGUUGAAGAAGUCAUUGAAAGCUCAGAUUCGGAUACUGAAUGGUUGUCUUGUUCUAGAGGAAAAGAAACUGAUGCAAAGAAGCCCAGUUUAAAAAGAACAAGAAGAAAGGAUAAACAUUAUUACAAAGAGAAACAACACUCCAAGAAAUCUGAACAAAUGGAAGAAACAGCAAAGGUUUUAACUGAAGAAGAGGUGAGAAAGCAGAAGGAAAUUGAAGAAUUGAAAGAGAUUGAGAGGCAAGCUGUUGGAUUUAUGUUAGAAACAGACAGUGAAUCUGAUAUAGAAUCAUCUGAUCCAGAAAGUCCACCAAGUCAAGCUCUCUAUGAUGAUUAUGUGGAGCUAAGUAGUGGGGAUGAUAGUGAAAAAGAUGGGGGUGUUGGUGGAAACAGUAAUUCAAGAAAUGGAAGAUCAGGGUUAGAUAGAAGUGGUACCUCAGGUGACCAUGGAUCAAACAAUGGGACAAACUCAGGAGAUGGAGGAUGGUUGAAUACAAAGAGAUGUGGUGGAAAUCAGACAAGAAAUUCUGAGAAUUAUGUUGAAAAUGUUCAUGUAUCAGAAGUCAGUCCUAAUACUUCAGAAAAUGUAGAUGAGGGUUUGCAAGACACUGAUGUUGCUUUGAUGGCAGGCUUGAUUGAACCUUGCUAUGAUGCUAGUAGUGUGAUGGAAAGCACUAUUAAUGAAAAAACACAAUUUAAAGAAAACAUAAAUAAGCAACCAGAAGACACUAAUGUUGUCAAUGAUAAUGCAGAAACCAUACAAAACGAAACCAUUGCUUCUCCUUUGAAUGAUUUUAAACAGUCUCAUGAUGAAAAUGUCAAUGAAGAAAUAAGCACAAGUGCACAUUCUGAAUUUGAAGAAAUUAACACGGUUUCAAUACCAGGAUUUGGUGAUAUACCAGAAUCUGACAUUGUGCAAGAAAACAUUGAGAUUGAGAACAUGGUAGAAGAUAAUUCAUUGUGUGAAAGUCUGGUUCAACAUACAGGUGAAAUAAGUAGAAAUGGGAAAGAUGCCUUGUCUGAAAGUGAAAACACACAAAACGCUGUAGUACAUGGUGACGAAGUAAAUCUUAUUCCUAAUAUUGAUAAGGCCAAAACUGAUGAAAAGGUAACAGAGGAAGACAACCAAAAUGUAGCCGCUGUUAUAGAUGAUGAAAAUAUAACUGAUAAGGAAACAGUAUUAGAAACAAUUGAGAAUAAAAAAGAAACAUCACCUUUGGUUUCAAAGAUCAAUGAAGCUCGUGAAUCCUCAGACGUCGUUGAAGUGGAUGCAUGUGAUGAUAAACAACAAGAAAAACAAAGUAAAACUGGAAAGAAAUGGUCAAGUCUACAGAUGGUCAAACAAAUAGAAAAGCAAAAUAUAAUUGAAAAGGAAUGUUCAAGCAUUGACAAGAUUUUAGAAGAUCAAUCUUGUUUUGAUCCGUCACAGCCACUCCCACCUGGUAUGGAGGAGCUACCUCCAUUGGUUUCUAAGAAUGCACAAAAAAGUAAUGCAAUUGAACAGUUUCAUGACAGUUUCUUUAACUUUAAAAAGAUCGAGAAGAAAAAUGCUGCGAUGGCAGCACAAGAAAAUAACCCUGUUGAUGAUGAUAAUGGUAACAAGGAAGCAAAAGAUGCAGAACAAUGGGAAAGAAAUGUUGAUGAAGAUGAUGAUGUGAUUGUAGUUGAAAUGGACUUGGAUAUAGGAAACGAAAGUGAAAGAAGUCGGAAAAAGAAGAUAAAUAGAAGUAGAUCUAAAAGUAGAUCUAGCUAUAGUCGGAGCAGGUCUAGAAGUAGAGGAAAGUAUAGAAGGAGAUACUCUAGAAGUAGAAGUAGAAACAGAUAUAGAGAUCGUUCGGGCUCUGAAAGUAGUUCAGAAAUGGGAAUAUCAAGAACAAGAAGAAGCAGAAGGGAACAAACGAAAUCAGGAGAAUACAACAAGCAAUCAAGAAGUGGAAACGAAGAAAGAUAUCAGAGAACAAGCACUGAUAUUUCAGACAAGCCGAACUGGUCAAGCAUAUAUAGAGGACAUUUCUGUAAGAAACGGAAAUUAUAUAUCAAUAAGAUUAAUUCUAAACAUAAAAGUUUACAAAGAUAUGGAAAAUAUAGUAAAACUUUUCAAUCAGACUAUGAAUAUCAAAACACGAAUAAAAACCAAACAAACACAGCUCCUGGGUUGAAUAGAUUUCCCCCAAAACAAAACCGAGCACAGCGGCCAUCCGAGUCUACUUACAACCAACACCAAUUUGGACCCACGCCUCAAGACAAUAUCCAACAAAAUGAAAGUCCAUUGUCUAUUCAAUACUAUAUGCAGCAUCCACCACCUUCUGGCAAUCCUCUUCCGAAUCAUGAAAGCGUUUCUCAAGGAAUGUAUUCGGAACAACAAAACCGUCCUUUCCCCGCAUCUUCAAACAUUACUGCCCCUGCAAAUUUUGACAUUUCCAAACUUAAAGCAACAAUUCUUUCAUUAACUGGAUUAGCAUCAAGUUCAGCAAGUGCGGCAUCAGCAGUACCAAUCGCAACUUCUGAAAAAUUUACUAAAGAGACAUGGGGAUUAAAUAAGGCAGAGAAAGUCAAUCCAGCCGCGAAAACUAAUAUAUUCAACAAAUUUAAAUGUUCAUUCAGACCCUUAGAGGCUGGUCAGGAAGGCAUGGUAGAAGACAUGAAGGAGUCUAAUUACAUCACAAAAACGUCUACACUUUUCACCGGGCCGCUAGUUUCACCAGUAGUGACUGAGGCGCAUACAGUUGCAGGUGCUAUCAAUGUUUCAGGACUUACCGAAUCGUUGCCGCAGUUGAUAAAUCAGUUGCAGAGCGUACAAAAGCUCAUAGAAAAUGUAAAGCAGGGAGAAUCGCAUACUCCAAGAAGUCAGACUUAUGGCGACAGGCCGUAUGACCAAAGAGAUCCUCAUUAUGAGGAUAGGGCAUACGAUCGAAGGGAGCCUUAUUUUGGGAGAGAAUAUCACCAUGGACCAGAAAUUGAGCGCUUUGAAGGAAUUAGAAGGGACAGGCCCCACUAUCCGCCAGACCCUUAUGAAAGAUCAAGGCGUCCUGAAGAGUAUGAUAGACCUCAGCCCUAUGGGGAACCGAGGUCGUAUGGCCAAAGUAGAGAGUAUGACACAUUCGGUCCAGAACCAAGAUUACGUGACCAUAAUUCAAGAUAUCCUGAAAGCGAUCCGUAUUAUGCAGAUAGAUAUCCUCCCGAAUCUGCAGUCCCUGACAGAUACAACCCAAUCGCCCCGCCCUUUGGUCCAGGUAAUCCCCCACCCCCGACCCGACCACUUCCGCUAAGGGAUGACCCAUAUGCCCCAUCUCGACCUCUUCCCCUCAGGGGUGACCCCUAUCCCCCUCCACCUAGAAGAGGGGAUCCUGGGUACAGUCAACACUAUGGGGUAGGUGAGAGAGACCCUUACUACAGAUGAACUGACUAGGAAAGUUUAGUUUGCCUAGUUAUCUUGGAUGAAAAAUGGAAAUGGCAAUUACUAAACAUAUCGUAUGGAAUGUGAGGGGCGGGGCAAAGUGGGCUACUGUAGAUUUCAUUGGUUGCAUAAGGGCUGAAUUAUAUUCCUGUGUUGUCUGGGUUUAUUGUUGAAGCUGGACCAGAUAUGGACAUAGCAGACAAUGAAAUAUUUUUAAGAAAAAAAUGGAUUUUCAUUUUUAAAAAAAAUCAUGUUAACGAACUGUGAUAAUAUCAUUUUUGUUAAAGAAAUCGUAACAAAAUAAAUAAAAUAAUCAAAAUAUCAGCUGUAUAUUAUUUCUUGGUUGAAAUUUUUGAGAAAAAAAAACAAGAAAAAGACUUUUAAAAUUAUUUUAAAGGAUAUCAAACAUUAUAAAUCAUAUAAUUAAACUAUGAUGGUAUGUUAAGCUUCGAUCAUAAUAGCUUGAUGUGAUCAUUAUUUUGAUUGCUUGUUGUAGAUCUAAUAUGAUAGUAGGGUAAUGGCAUUUGGCCCUUGCCUUGUGUCUCUAAAGAGGGUUUAUUUUUGAAUUGUCAACUACUGGGCUUGUCCCAGUAUUUUUCAUUGUAUUAUUGUAAAUAAAAUUGGAAGAAUUGUGCAUUUGCGGUUUUUAAUGAUUUUAUCUCGAACGGUAUUUUUGUAUAAAUAUCAUCUGAAAUUAUUUGAUGACGAAUGCAUGAGUUGUUAUGUAUGUCGAACAUUUAUAAUGUUAACACUAUUCAUGAAAAGGUUAACAGGUUUGUAUUGUUUAUAUAUUUUAUAUACCAUGUAUGCUUUAGUAUUGUGUAUUAAAGCGAUUGAAAACAAUUUGAAUAAAAUUUAUUGCAUAGUUGUGUUGUAAAUAUGUAGACUCUUCCUAUAUUAAACAUGUAUGAAAAAAAUAUUAAAAAAUAUGCCUGUGUUUCUUAUCCUUCUUUGUGUUUGAAAUACAUAAAUGUUGUUGUUUUUGAAAACUAUAAUUUUGAAAUUCUUGUCGUUGUUGCGCAAUUGAUUGUAAAUAUGCAUUUAUUCAUUAAAAGGUAGUGUUUCAGCAUAUAACGCUUACAUGAAUUAUGCUUUGAUAUAAUUUCUAUAAUGUUUUAAGUAUACAUAGGUACUAUGUCAACUAUGUUGACAUUUAAAGCGAAAUAUAUUUACAUCUACUCCGAAAUAGGCUUACAUUUUCUUCGAAAUAUGUUGAUGUUUACUGCGAAAGGCCACAUUAAAGAACAUCGUUCAAGCCUUACUGUGUUCUAGACAAAUCCUAUUAAAACAUUUGUUAAGAAUAAUAUUAUGAAAGAUAAGAGCCGGCUUGGUUGUUCGCCUAUAAUAUUGUUUGCUCUUUUUGUUUGCUUUUAAUCUUGUUUGUUCAUGAAUUACGAUGCGUCUCUGCUUUUGUUUGUGUUUUGCAUUUUGUUGUCUUUGAUUUUGAACUAUGAAUAAACAACUGAAUUAUGAAUAAACGAAUUUCCGCUGAUUUGUGUCUUAGUGAAACUUUUCUGCAUUGUAUCAACGUUUGUUAAGAAUGUAAUAAAGUAGCUUUA